UAGCAACAGCAGUGAGUGUAUUUCACCCGCUUACCGCUAACGAGCACCGAAAUACGAGCAAGGGUCAGGGAGAGGGAGAGCGCGAGGGAGAGAGAGGGAGGGAGGGUUAGCGAAAGAAUUCAUCUGAGCCACAGUGGCUGUAAAACUCAAAAUUACUGCUACAGCAUCAACGGUUUAACGCCAAUAGGGGGGACAAUCGCGCUCUCGCUUCGUCCACCUCGGAGCGACAAAUGGAUCUACCUGCCGUCGGAGAGCACGUCUUCGCGGUGGAGGGCAUCGAGAAGAAGCGCAUACGGAAGGGUAGAACCGAAUAUCUGGUGAAGUGGAGAGGAUGGUCACCGAGAUACAACACAUGGGAACCGGAGGAGAACAUCCUCGACCCGCGUCUUCUAGUCGCCUUCCAAAACAGAGAGAGACAGGAGCAGCAGAUGGGAUAUCGCAAAAGAGGACCUAAACCCAAACAUCUUCUGAUCCAGUUACCUGCAUUUGCACGGAGGUCCAGCAUCCUUGCUGAUCUCCAAGAGACAUCAGUGGAUGAUGAGAACCAGUUCAAAGUAGAUUCACUUCAGAUGCCCCGGUCACAGCCUCAGCAUUACCAACUCAACAGCAAAAAACAUCACCAGUACCAGCCCAACAGCAAGGAAAUCCCAACAGAAGCUCACACCAAUGGCAAGAAGAAGCACUUCUAUCAGCUAAACAGCAAGAAACACCAUCAUUACCAACCAGACCCUAAGAUGUAUGACCAGCAAACCACAAAGUCUAAAGAGGUUAAAGGGCAUGACCCAUCUAUUAAAGGCUGGAACCUCCCUCCAGCCUUGCAACAGAAAUGGGUGCGUGACAAGGACACUGGUAGUUUGAAUAAAGUGAAAGAUCUGUCCAUGGAGCAUAAGCACCUGCUUAUACCCGCUAUCAAGGAAGACCAAACAGUAAAGACAACCUCAAAGGAUCCCUUGCUCUCCAGUGGCAUCAGCAGUAAGAUGAAGAUCAUCAGGAACAAAAACAAAAAUGGCCGAAUUGUCAUUGUUAUGAGCAAGUACAUGGAUAAUGGGGUCCAGACUUCCAAAGUGAAAAACAGUGAUUCUCCUGAAACAGAGAAACCAAAACAAACUAUAAAUGAGUCUAUAAAUGGCAAUGCAGCCAGUCUUGUAAACGUUACAGCAGAGGAGGAGAAUGGUGAGUCUGAUCACACAGGAGACAGUGCAUGUGUUACCAGAGAAUUUGUUCAUAAAGUGCCCCCCAAAAAGUUUGAGCUUUCAAAAGCAAAACUGAACACUGAGGCAGGUCACAGAACAGAACAAGAGGUGAAUAAGAUCGGCGUAUCAUACAAUCCUUCUCUGCAACCAUCCAACAAAACUAGCUCUUCACCUAUAUUAGUUGUGGAAGAUGCGCCAUUGCAGAAGGACUCCGCCAAUCACCACCUCAUCACUCGUAAACGGAACUUGUCAGAACCUAACAAGGCUGCAAGUGAUUGUAAGAAGUUUCUCGGCUCCAGAAGUAUCAGUGCUCCCAAUCCGGUGGUUCUUUCUCCUCAGAGGGAACCUAUCGACCUGCACUGUUCUGGCCAAAACACCAGCAGCCUCUACAACUACAAUAUUACCGACAACAUUCCCGAUGAACCAAUCGACUUAAGCUGUGGGAGGACUAGGCUACAUACAGAAGCUCCCACAGAGUCCCAUUUCAUAGUGGAUGGCACAUCUGAGACAUCAGAAAAGUGUGAAGAACCAGUUAGCUAUUUUAAGCCAUUUUCAGGUAACAUCAUCAUUACGGAUGUCACCACAAACUGUCGGACUGUGACCUUUAAGGAGUACGUCUCCAUUUAACAGCCUUCAAUUUGAUACACUGACAAUUGCUGAUGCUUAUAUGGAUUUGUAGAUAUGUAAUUAAUUAUUAGAAGUCUGUACAUAUGUAUCUAUAAUAUCUCAUGUAUAGAAAGCAAAUGUUUUUUGCAGUGUAGAUUUUUUUAUUUCAUUUGGAAUAUGUUAAGGCCUGUACAUGCACAGAUUAAAAUAGAGUGUUUUGAAUGUUUAAAAGCAGGCACAUUCUGUACUCUGAAGAAAUCAAUAUGGGAGACCAUGCUGAGCUUAAGAAGUUGUUAAAGCAUCACUGAACAAGCACUUACUUGCUUUCAAGACCUUGUACACUAAAUGAAAAUGGCAGUUAAAUAGAUAUGUGUGCUUUAUUUUGAGCAUUAUUUAAACUCUUUUCCAUUGCAAACACAUAGUUUUACAACAUCACACUCUCCUUGCAAAUGAGAACUGAGCUUAUUCUAAUGUCAGAUGGAUAUUCAGGGUGUUCAUUCAUUCAUUCAUUCAUUCAUUCAUUCAUUUUCUACCGCUUAUCCGAACUUCUCGGGUCACGGGGAGCCUGUGCCUAUCUCAGCCGUCAUCGGGCAUCAAGGCAGGAUACACCCUGGACAGAGUGCCAACCCAUCGCAGGGCACACACACACUCUCAUUCAGGGUGUUUUCUUUUUAAAUAUAUACUUUACUUUAAGCCACACUUGCAUUGGUGCAUAAUUGAUUCUGUUGUGAGAGAUACAGGUCUUUGCUGUGCAAUGUUGAAAUAGCCUCAAUCAGACAAAGCACCGUUUGAUCCUUUGGUUUUCUUCACCUACCCAAUGAAUGAUGUAAGCUGCACUUUGCCAUCAGUUAAGAUGCUUUGAAAAAGCCCUGAAUGACACUGAUCCAAAGGGUAGAUAUUCCCUAUCAUACUGUGGUUGAAUUUCAUGCUGAUGAACUUGUACACCAAUAUGUCUUUUUCCCUUCUUGAGAUUCUACAUAUUGCUUCAUAUUGAUUUGCUGAAAUGGUUUUUAUUUUUAUGCCAUGUUUUUUUUAACUGCCUAUUUUUGGUGUGACAUACUAAUAACAAUGUAUGACCAAACGAUUUAUUUUAGACAAUUUGUAAUCCGGUAGCACAUAAUAUUGUAAAACUGCUGCUAAAGUGUUUUACUUAGUUGAAGUAAUAUGUUGUGGGAAAAUGCAGAACAUGCUGUAGUCAACAUUAGUUUAAAUUUGCCUUAAAUGAGUAAUAAUAGUAAUAAUAAUGAUGAUAAUAAUAAUAGACUAUCAAUAUUUUACAAAGCUUAUUGUAGUGAAACAAUCAUAGUCAGUACCAUAUCCAGGCAGCAAAUGUAUCAGGUUUUGACACAUUUGAUUGGACCUGACUGAACACUCGUGACUUGCUAUGACAGCCUUUUAUCAGUGACACUGACAAAAAUAAGUCGCUUUUAGAUCAGAUUAAACGGCUUGAUUACUGGAAGCACAACAAAUACAACAAAGCCAAAAACAGUACCAUGAAUUAUUUGGUACGUUGUUCAUCUGUGAUAUUUUUAGAAAGGUGGUAGGUUCAUUCAGACAGAGGUGUGGUUGAUUUAUUGUUUUAUUUAGCAGUUUAGUUUUGCAGAUCUUUAACUAUGUGCCUGUGAUAACUGCCAAUGUGACAAUAGAGGGAGUGUACUGCUAUUUCAUAUGUAUCAAGAUGUUCAUUUCAGAAACUGCCCUCUCAUACAUAACCUACAGUUGCAAUUAUAAAAGAAAAAAAAAAUUAACAGAACUCAACUUUAAUAAAUCACAUGAUGUUUCAGAAUUUGUGUGCUGUCUUUUGAGUUUUUUUAAAAUAAUAAUAAUAAAAAAUUUUCUGUUAAA